CCGUCUUCAUUGUUGUCUCUUUUUUUUUUUUGCACAGUAAUUGAUAAAUGUGUCUUUUAUCAGUUGAUGAUCAAAAGUAAUUAAAUGAGUGGAACCUAAAAAAAAAAAACACCAAAGAACACACACACAAACACAAUGUGAAAAGUGCGUAAAAUGAGCGCGAGACGAAGAUAAUUGUCCAGAGAGAAUUAACAGUAAUAAUUAUAAAACCGAACAAACAAUUUGCCAAGUGGCUGGAUAAAUACCAAAAACGCCGAACCAGCAGACGAAGCGGAAUUUCAAACAUAAAUAGCAAAAACAACAACAACAAAAACAUCGACGCAGAUAAAAACAAAGAAGCGUCGCGUCGCAGCAGAACUUUUCUUUGCAGCGCUGCGCGAAGGUAAGCAGCGCAGCAGCAGCGGCAGCAGAAGCAGCAGCCGAUAAAAAUGGCGUUCAAGUGCAACAGAGCCAAGUGCUGCACCGUUAUUCUGGCGGCCAUUGUUGUGCUAAGACUGCACAUCUGUUUGGCCCUCGAUGUUUAUUUUCCCACCACUUCCGUGAAAUUGAAGCUGCCCAUCAAUGAGGAGUCGGAGAGCAUCUUCUCGAAGAUACCCUUGGCACAGUUUCAAGUGCUGCGCCUGGACAACAAUCAGCCGGCGACGGACUAUAUCUACAAUCUGGAGCAGAAUCCGCUGCUGCGCCUCAAUGCCAGCUCCGGCGAGGUUUUCAUGCGCAGCGACUAUCAAAUGGUCAAUGGCAGUGUGAAAUAUGUGCUGACCGCCUUUCCACGCAGCCAGGAGGAGCAUGCGGCCAUGGAGCAGCCGGAGCAGCUGCUGCAGCAGGUGCCCCACCUCACGCUGGAGCUGCAGCCGCAAAACCAGAGCGACUACUGUGCCGAGCUGGAGCACAUUUGCUUCUGGACGAGCGCCGAUUAUGCCAUUGCCGAGACGAGCCUGAGCAGCAGCAGCCGCAGCCGUAGCUUUGAGCCCGUGCUGAUUGGCGCCCUGAACUCGAGAGCUGCCAAAUAUCUGUGCCCCUAUCGCACUGUGGAGUAUGCGCUGACAGCGGGCAGCUCCCACUUUGUGCUCAAACAGAAUCGCUUGUACAGCCGCCAGCCGCUCGACCACGAUGAGCUGAUCGGGCUGCAGGCGCGAGCCGGCCAGCUGCUGGCCACGGUGGGCUGCACGGUGAGCCUAACCAGCCGGGAGCAGCGACAGUUCUGGCGCAGCUACAAUAUAACGCUGCUGGAUCGCAACGACAAUGGGCCGCAGCUGCAGGAGCGCCAGCCACACUUUAACUUCCACGUGAAGCAGCCCUACUUUAAGGCGGCUGAGCCGGUGGGCGAGAAAAUCAUCUACUUGGACAAGGACACGUUGGCGGCCAAUGCACAUCUCAACUAUGCCAUACUCAAUGACAAACUGGAGCUCAUAAAGCCGGAUUGCCACGCCUACGAGGCGGAUCACACAGGCAGGCCGCACACCAUCAUCAGUUGUCAGCUGCGCUUUGCCCGCGACGGAGUGCUGCGCCAGGAGCCGUACUGCAUCGAUUUGCAGGCCCGGGACUUGACCAUCCAGGCGCGCAAUGUGGCGAACACGGCGACGGCGCACAUCUGCCUGCACGUGGACAUCAACCGGCUGCACGAGAGCGAUCAGGAGCCACCGCAGGCCUUGCCCUUGCGUGUGCGUCAGCAGCGGAUCUUUGGCAGCGCCGGCGAUGUAAUGCAUACGGACUCGGGUCGACAUCGUCGCCUGAGCGUUGACUAUGAGAAGGAUGUGUUUGUGCAUCGGGCAGCCGCCUCCUUCUAUCGUGUGGCGCAGCCGGAUGGCUUUGUGGAGCUGCAUCGCAUGCGUGGCUGGCGUUUCGCCUUGGCUGAGGAUCGCAGCGGCGCCUUUGGCCUGACCGAAGUGGCUGGCAUAGUGUAUGUGAAGGACGCCCUGGCGCUGGAGCAUGCGCCGGAGACGGUUUACUUUUUGAAUGUCACCUGGCAGGACGCCGAGAAGCAGUCGCAUGCGUUUGUCAUUAACGUGCACCUGGUGGAGGGCAGACCGGAGAAUGCCAAUUGCGAGCUGAGGUUGAAGUCCCGUUCACAGACCUGCGCCCAGGUCAAGUACCGGACGCAGUGCGUCAAAUUCUGCGGCCUGGCCACCAACGGGGGGCCGUGUGUCUGGCGCGGCUCCAGCUCGGCUCUGUUUGGACGCAACUACGGCUCCUGCGUGCCGGAUGCACGCUACUGUCCGGAUCAUGUGUGCGAUGCACUCGAGGAGCUCAAUCCACACGCCUGUCCGCAGGACUGCACGCCGGCCUCCCGCAUUGUGGGUCCGCAUACCAGCAAUGAGAAUGGCCGUGGCAUACUGAGUGGCUCGGGCACCUGCCUCUGCGAGGACAACGGCAAGUGCAGCUGUGCUCCGCUGCCCGACGAGGAAGAAGCGAGGGCGCGUCGCCAGCGCAAGCGAAAGAAUGAAGCAGAAGUGGAACAGGUCAGCAUGGCGCCUGCGGCGACUGGAGCCCAGCAGCCCGACCAGGAUGCUGUCCUAGCACUGGGCGUGCUCCAUGUGGCGGGCAUGGAGUGCAAUCGCUUCUGCCUGCUGCUGGUCGUCAGCUGCCCGCUGAUCUUUGUGCUGCUGCUGCUCUGCCUGCUCUUYUCGCAGCGCAAGCUCUGGCAGCGACGCAACGGCAAACAGUCCACCACGCCGGCCACCAAGGUAGCCCUGCCGCCCAGCCUAGAGGGUCUGGGUGGCGAAGGGGAUUUGCCGCUGAUGCCACUGCAGACGGGCUUCAAGUUCGAGAGCGGCGAUGCCAAAUGGGAAUUUCCGCGGGAUCAACUGAGAUUGGAUACGGUCCUGGGCGAGGGCGAAUUUGGACAGGUGCUCAAAGGAUAUGCCACACAGAUCGCGGGGCUGCCAGGCGUCACCACCGUCGCCGUCAAGAUGCUCAAAAAGGGCGCCAAUUCGGUGGAGUACAUGGCCCUGCUCUCUGAAUUCCAGCUGCUGCAGGAGGUCUCCCAUCCGAAUGUCAUCAAGCUGCUGGGCGCCUGCACCCAAUCCUCCGAGGCACCGCUGCUCAUUAUCGAAUACGCCCGCUAUGGCUCGCUGCGAAGCUACCUGCGCCUGAGCAGGAAAAUCGAGUGCGCCGGCGUCGACUUCAGCGACGGCGUUGAGCCCGUCAAUGUGAAGAUGAUGCUCACCUUUGCCUGGCAAAUAUGCAAGGGCAUGAGCUAUCUAACGGAACUGAAGCUGGUUCAUCGCGAUUUGGCUGCACGCAAUGUGCUGCUUGCCGAUGGCAAAAUUUGCAAGAUCUCUGAUUUCGGAUUGACGCGCGACGUCUACGAGGAUGAUGCCUAUUUGAAGCGAUCCAGAGAUCGCGUGCCCGUCAAGUGGAUGGCACCCGAGUCUCUGGCGGAUCAUGUGUACACGAGUAAGUCCGAUGUCUGGGCAUUUGGUGUGCUCUGCUGGGAGCUGAUCACAUUGGGCGCCUCGCCGUAUCCAGGCAUAGCGCCCCAGAAUUUGUGGUCUCUGCUCAAGACGGGCUAUCGCAUGGAACGUCCGGAGAACUGCUCCGAGGCGGUUUACUCCGUGGUGCGCACCUGCUGGGCGGAUGAGCCCAAUGCACGGCCUUCCUUCAAGUACUUGGCCGCCGAGUUUGAGAAGCUGCUGGGCAACAAUGCCAAGUACAUUGAGCUGGAGGCGAAUGCCGUGUCCAAUCCGCUGUACUGCAGCGAUGAGGCGGCUUUAAUGCCCAGCGAGGGACUUGUCGAACAGCUCGGCGAGCCGGAAUCAUUGGAGCAUCUCUGGUCGCCGCCCAAGAUCAACAGCUACGACCACGAGCUGAACAACAGUCGGGACGAGUCGGUUACAGAAUUUGCUUCCGCAGCAGCCGUAGUUCCGCCCGGAUACGAUCUGCCACGCCCAUUGAUCGAGGCCCGGACCACGGAGCAGGUGUUGCGCUACGAGAACGAUCUACGCUUUCCGCUCAACAUACGCAAGUCCAGCUGUGCGCCCAGCUACAGCAACAUGACCUCAAAUGGAUGCGUUGCUGCUGCUUCCUGCCUGCCCGACUAUGCGGUGCCCGUCAAGCGUGGUCGCUCCUACAUGGACAUGACCAAUAAUACGCUAAUACCCGAUAAUCUCGAUAAUCGCGACUUUGAGAAGCAUCUCUCCAAGACCAUCUCAUUUCGUUUCUCCAGUCUACUAAAUCUCAAAGACCCCGAAACGCCGCAGCCACAUGCCGAGGAUGCGGUCUAAAAGGGGUUUUCCUCAGUAUUUCGACAAUUUUUGUUUUUGUUAUUAUUAUUAUUUGUUUUUUAAUUAUUUGUAGAUGCGCCUGAUUUUUUAGUUCAAAUUGUUUGUUAAUUAGUUUUAAACCUAUGUAUCAUAUAUUUAGCUUUAUAAUAUUGCCCAAACAUUUUACUCGAAUACUCUGCUGCAUUUAGAGUGUGAGAAAGAGACUCUGAAACUGAAGGGAAUUACUUAAGACAUGAUACCCCUCCAUCUUCAU